UCAGUCCAGCACGGCUUUAUGCGGAAAGUGUAUGGCAUCCUCUGUUUGCAGCUGCUUGCCACGGUCACGAUGUGCUGGGUAGUCAUGUACACCACCGCAGUGAAUCGAUUUGUUCUUUCCAAUCCAUGGUUGACCAUCGUAUCCUUUGUGACAACCAUUGCUUUGAUCUUCGCUCUGCAAGUCUACAAGAAUAAGUAUCCAACCAACAUGCAGCUACUCAUGGCCUUCACGUUUGCCGAGUCCUUUGCCGUCGCUGCAGUCUGCGCGCAUUACGAGGCUCAUGGUGUGGGCCAGCUCGUCGGGAUGGCAUGGGGCAUCACUCUCAUCAUCUUUGCUGGGUUGACUGUCUUCGUGCAUGUUUCACGAUGGGACUUCUCCUUCAUGGUGAGGGGGGUGACUGAGUACUCCGUGGUCUGUCUCUUUGUGGGUAUUCAUGCUGGAUACACCUUCGCCUUUCUCGGAGCACUUCUCUUCAGCGCGUUCAUCAUCUAUGACACGCAUCAGAUUAUGACCAAGUUGGGCUGCGACGACUACAUCACAGCUUGCAUUGAGCUCUACCUCGACAUCAUCAACCUCUUCCUCAUGAUCCUGCAGCUUCUU